GUGGACGAGGAUAGUUCACCUUAAUUUUGCAUAAAGCUUCAAUUUCCAGGGGCUAGCCACAUUCCAACAACCCUUCGAGUUAUCGCCAUGUAUCGAGGACGCAAUAUACCGUCCAAGUCAACUCCGUCAGCCGUCCAAUGCCAGAAAUGCCUAAAGAGAGGCCACUAUUCGUACGAGUGUAAAGCCUCAGCUGCGGAACGGCCCUAUAUCCCGAGGCCGUCGCGCACCCAGCAGCUCUUUAACCCCAAGCUGUUGCCCAAGCUUACUAGUGCCGUGCCGCCUCAGGACAAGAAAGGCGUGGCCGACGAGAUUCUAGCCCAGAGGGAGGCUGAGCGAGCCAAGAAGAAGGAGCUCGAAAGGGAUGACGAGUCGCCAUCCAGAUAUGUGAGCCCAAGGAGAAGCAGAAGCAGAUCAGCUUCGGUCGAUUCGGUAUCGACCAUCUCCACACGAUCCCCAUCCCCAAGGCCUUCUCGCCAUUCUAGGUCACCCCCACGGAGAGCGCAUGCCCAAGACUUUUUUGAGCCGCCGCCCAAGGCGCCUUCGGCUCGCCAACGCUCAGUCGACUCUCGGGAUCGGUAUUCUAGCCGCAGGUCAGAGAGCCCCGUCAAACACUCAUCGCGGAAAGGAUCACCGCCUCCUCGCCGUCGUUCCCCGUCGCCCCGCCGUGAGCGCGGACGUGAACGCGGGCGUGGCUCCGGGAGGGCAAGGCCAUCCAGGCGCGACUAUUCCGUUUCCGAGUCCAGGUCCAGGUCACCAGUCCGCUCACCGGUUAGGCGGGAUAGCAAGGGAGAGAACCACAGGGCAGGAGGAUACUACCGGGACAGGGCGUCGCCGCAACGACCUCCAAAGCGUGAACCGUCUCCCCCGCCACCGCCGCGCGAGCGGAGUCUCAGCCCUUUCAGCAAGAGAUUAGCGUUGACACAGUCUAUGAAUAUGGGUAGAUAGGAUUUGCGGUGUUGGGUAUCAAAGUAAAGAUAGCAUACUUUCUCUGUAAAACAAAAUCAUGACAGUUUCCUCCCUCUUGAGCUCUGGGAGCACAUCUCGUCC